AUGAACAAGAAAAAGAAUCAAAGAUAUCUGCUUGGAUAUGACACCGCCGCAGGAGAGGAUCGUGGCACACAGAGGCCACCAAACUCGAGUCAAGGAUCCGAACAUCCAUCAACUCCGCAGCAGCUCACCAUCCAAGCUGGUUUCAGCUAUGAAGAACUGGCAGUCGCCACGAAUUUCUUCUCCGAUGCCGAUUUCCUCGGGGAAGGUGGCUUCGGGUGCGUGUACAAGGGGAUACUUAGGAAUGGCCAAGAAGUUGCCGUCAAGCAAUUAAAGCCAGAUAGCAGACAGGGAGACCAUGAGUUCCAGGCAGAAGUCCAGAUAAUUAGUCGUCUGCAUCACAAGCACCUCGUUUCUUUGAAGGGUUGCUGCAUUUCCGGCGCCAAGAGGCUACUGGUGUUUGAAUAUGUUCCUAAUAACACUCUAGAGUUCCAUCUGCACGGAAGAGGUCAACCACCCAUGGAUUGGCCGACAAGACUAAGAGUUGCUUUGGGAUCAGCAAGAGGACUGACAUAUUUGCAUGAGGACUGCCAACCCAAAAUAAUCCAUCGUGACAUCAAAGCAGCAAAUAUACUUCUCGAUCAUAACUUUGAAGCAAAGGUUGCAGAUUUCGGGCUGGCAAAGUUUUUCUUGGAUACCAAAACCCAUAUUUCAACUCGCGUGAUUGGAACAUUUGGGUAUCUGGCGCCGGAAUACGCUUCUACUGGCAGAUUAACUGAUAAGUCUGAUGUUUUCUCCUUUGGAGUGCUGCUGCUGGAGCUGAUCACAGGAAGACCGCCAAUUUUUUUGAUUCGGUCGAUCGAAGAAAGCUUAGUUGAUUGGGCAAGACCUUUGUUGACUCAAGCAUUGAACGAUGGCGAGUAUGACGCCUUUCUUGAUCUGAGGCUGAGGAAGAAGUAUGCUCACAAUGAGAUGGGUCGAAUGGUGGCUUGUGCUGCCGUUUGUGUGCGCCACUCAGCGCGACGUCGGCCGCGAAUGAGUCAGAUCGUUCGUGCUUUAGAAGGACUUGUAUCAAUUGAGGAUCUCAGUGAAGGAGCAACACCUGGCCAUAGCACUCUUUACAGUUAUGGCCAGCAGCACUAUAUGGACAUGAGAAGACCAAAGAACACUUUGACAAGUCACUACAAUGCUGACAGCGAGUACAGUGCAACCACCACUAGCGAGUAUGAUAUGUACUCAUCUGGCACAGCCAGUGAAGGCCGAGAGAAAGGUAGCUCAACUUAG